AUGCGAAUAGCUAGUACUUAUGAUGCUAUCAGUGGUAAAUUCUCUAAAGGAAAGCCACUCGUCCUGGCAGCCACACCUCGAAUUGCGGGGGAGCGCCACAACAGAGACUUGUGGAUGUUUGUUGGCUUCCUAACAGUUCAACUCCAUGGCCAUGAUAUCCGAAAGAUACCAGACUUCAAUUUCCGGAACGACAAUUUCUACGCACCUGAGAUGUCUAACACACCGCUCGACGCCAGCAAACGCUCUAACUCUCGAUCGCGAACGUCACGACCGACCACCCCUCUUCGACCUUCGUCGCGGUCAUCCUUUCGCGACUCUGCGCGAGGGGCAGGCGAAAAUGAUGCGCCAUUCCCACUAAAUGCGUUUGAGCCAGCGUUUGCGGAGCUUUCUGACGCCAUGGCCGACCUCGAGGCUAAUAUGAUGCACUUCCAGCUUAUGCACGAGAGUCUGGCGCGAUUCAGCGAGUCUUUUGCGAGCUUCCUCUACGGUCUUAACAUGAAUGCUUUUUGUGUCGAUUUUCCUGAGGGACCUAUUCCAGAAUCGUUUCGCCGCGAUAGGACUCGACAGGAACAACCGGCUGUUACCCCAUCAAAGUCAGAAGGUGAUGUAGAUAUGACAUUCAUGCAAGUUGCCUCUCCAAAGUUGUCUACCCCUGUUCUCUCCCUAACUAGUCUUCAGGACUACGGAUACGUCCUUCGUCGAAAACCCACCCACCACCACCAAGACUUCCAAGUUUACCACACCGGAACCUCCAACUCGACAAUCGCGUCUUCCUGCUGCUCCUGGUCGUGGCACGUCUUCGAGAGGAAGAUCAGCCCGGGGAGUCGGGCGAGGCCGGCCUAG